AUGGCGACUGGUGGUUUUCUCGAGGAUAUUAAGAACGAGAAUGUUGAUUUGGAGAAAAUCCCAAUUGAGGAAGUUUUCCAGCAGUUGAAAUGUAGCAGAGAAGGUUUAUCUGGAGCAGAAGGAGAAAACAGACUCCAGAUCUUUGGUCCCAACAAACUUGAGGAGAAGAAGGAAAGCAAGAUACUUAAGUUCUUGGGUUUCAUGUGGAACCCUCUCUCUUGGGUGAUGGAAGCAGCUGCAAUCAUGGCUAUUGCAUUGGCUAAUGGCGAUGGAAAGCCACCGGAUUGGCAAGAUUUUGUCGGUAUUGUUUGUCUUUUGAUUAUCAACUCAACUAUCAGUUUCAUCGAAGAAAACAAUGCCGGUAAUGCUGCUGCUGCUCUUAUGGCUGGUCUUGCUCCCAAAACUAAGGUUCUAAGAGAUGGCAAAUGGAGUGAGCAAGAAGCUUCUAUUCUUGUUCCAGGAGAUAUUGUGAGCAUCAAGCUCGGUGACAUCAUUCCUGCUGAUGCUCGUCUUCUCGAAGGCGAUCCUUUAAAAGUUGACCAAUCCGCUCUAACCGGUGAAUCGAUUCCCGCAACAAAAGGUCCAGGUGAAGAAGUUUUCUCAGGUUCUACUUGCAAGCAAGGAGAGAUUGAGGCAGUUGUAAUCGCCACUGGAGUCCAUACGUUCUUCGGUAAAGCGGCUCAUCUUGUUGACAGCACAAACCAAGUUGGACAUUUCCAGAAAGUUCUUACAGCAAUUGGAAACUUCUGCAUAGUUUCCAUAGCGAUCGGUAUUGUGAUUGAGAUCAUAGUUAUGUAUCCUAUCCAGAGAAGAAAGUACAGAGACGGGAUCGACAAUCUUCUGGUUCUCUUGAUUGGUGGGAUCCCUAUUGCAAUGCCUACUGUUCUGUCUGUGACCAUGGCUAUUGGUUCCCACAAGCUGGCUCAACAAGGAGCUAUCACAAAGCGAAUGACCGCUAUCGAAGAGAUGGCCGGUAUGGAUGUUCUCUGCAGCGACAAAACCGGGACUUUGACUCUAAACAAGCUUAGUGUUGACAAGAAUCUGAUUGAGGUUUGCGCUAAAGGCGUUGAGAAAGACGAAGUUUUGCUUUUUGCUGCGAGGGCUUCAAGAGUAGAGAAUCAAGAUGCUAUUGAUGCUGCUAUGGUUGGAAUGCUUGCUGAUCCAAAAGAGGCAAGAGCUGGUAUUAGAGAGAUUCACUUCUUGCCAUUCAAUCCAGUUGAUAAGCGAACCGCUUUAACGUACAUCGAUGGUAACGGAAACUGGCACCGAGUAAGCAAAGGAGCUCCCGAGCAGAUUCUUGAUCUCUGCAAUGCUAGAGCUGAUUUGAAGAAGAGAGUCCACUCUGCAAUCGAAAAGUAUGCUGAGCGUGGACUCAGGUCAUUAGCUGUUGCAAGACAGACUGUACCUGAGAAAACAAAAGAAAGCUCUGGUGGUCCAUGGGAAUUCGUUGGUGUUUUGCCUUUGUUUGAUCCUCCAAGACAUGAUAGUGCAGAAACCAUUAGACGAGCUCUAGACCUCGGUGUCAAUGUCAAGAUGAUUACCGGUGAUCAACUUGCUAUUGCGAAAGAGACUGGACGUAGACUCGGGAUGGGAUCAAACAUGUAUCCGUCCGCUUCUUUACUCGGUCAGCACAAAGACGAAAGCAUGGCUACAAUUCCUGUUGAAGAGUUAAUUGAGAAAGCUGAUGGCUUUGCUGGUGUCUUCCCAGAGCACAAAUACGAAAUCGUCAAGAAGUUGCAAGAGAAGAAGCAUAUCUGUGGUAUGACUGGUGAUGGUGUGAAUGAUGCUCCUGCAUUGAAGAAAGCGGAUAUUGGUAUCGCUGUUGCGGAUGCUACUGACGCUGCUCGAGGUGCUUCUGAUAUUGUUCUCACCGAGCCUGGACUCAGUGUUAUCAUUAGCGCGGUUUUAACCAGUCGUGCUAUUUUCCAAAGAAUGAAGAACUACACAAUUUAUGCAGUCUCAAUAACAAUCCGUAUUGUGUUUGGGUUCAUGUUCAUUGCUCUAAUAUGGAAGUUCGACUUUUCACCAUUCAUGGUUCUCAUCAUUGCUAUCUUAAACGACGGAACAAUCAUGACUAUCUCAAAGGACAGAGUCAAGCCUUCUCCUACACCAGAUAGCUGGAAACUCAAAGAAAUCUUCGCAACAGGCGUUGUUCUUGGAGGUUACAUGGCUUUAGUGACAGUCAUUUUCUUCUGGGCUGCUUAUCGAACCGACUUCUUCCCGAGAUAUUUCCACGUGAGAGACUUGAGAGGGAGUGAACAUGAAAUGAUGUCUGCUUUAUAUCUACAAGUCAGUAUUGUGAGCCAAGCUCUUAUCUUCGUCACUCGAUCUAGAAGCUGGUCUUUUGCAGAACGACCUGGAUUUCUCUUGCUUUUUGCCUUCGUGGCAGCGCAAUUGAUUGCAACGAUGAUUGCGGUAUUCGCAAAUUUUGAAUUUGCGAGAGUCCAAGGAAUAGGAUGGGGAUGGGCUGGAGUUAUCUGGCUUUACAGUUUUGUCUUUUACAUUCCAUUAGACGUAAUGAAAUUCGCAAUCCGUUACAUACUAGCCGGGAGCGCAUGGAACAAUCUCAUCGAUAACAAGACGGCGUUUACGACUAAGCAAAACUAUGGAAUAGAGGAGAGGGAAGCACAAUGGGCUCAUGCGCAGAGGACUCUACACGGUCUUCAGAAUAAGGAAUCGGAUAACGUUUUCCCGGAGAAAGGCGGAUACAGAGAACUGUCUGAGAUUGCAGAGCAAGCUAAGAGAAGAGCUGAGAUCGCAAGGCUUAGGGAACUUCAUACGCUUAAAGGACAUGUAGAGUCAGUGGUGAAGCUCAAGGGACUAGACAUUGAGACAGCUGGUCACUACACGAUGAUAAUGAUGAUGAUUUUACUAGAAGAAGGGAAGGAAUAA